AUGAACAUGUUGGACGUAGAAGACGACAGCUUUCACGUCACAAGUGAAGGCUACUCUCAUCUGAGUGACUCGGAAUGGGAGGUAGUCGGCCGCAUCAGUGUGCUCAUGGGCAAACCCGCCAUCAGUGGCAUGUUGGAGUGUCUAAGCUGA